AUCAAAUGUAAUUCUCGAAUCUAAUUGGUUCAAGUCUGAAUUGGAACUUAUUACGUCAUUUGUUUACUUCAUUUAUCAUUAUCAAUAUUUUAUCAGAUCAAAACAUCAUCAAAGGAAAAAAAUUGCAAAUUUCUUUUAUUUUCUUACUUUCUAUGGUGAACAGAACUAGACACUCAAAAUGUUGAAAUUCGAUGUCCCUGAUUUGUACGUGAAAGAUUACAAAAAUGAUUUCAAACAACGUCAAGGAUCUUUAUUCGAUGCAUUACAAGCGGCUGAAAAAGAGCACAGUGAAAUAAUCGCGAAGGCGAAAACCAAAGCACCGAAAUCUGCCCACAACUACAACCAGAAAUCAUUCACCAAACCAUACAGAGGUAAAGAAAGCAUUUUUAAGACACCAGAAACACCGUUAUCUCGUUUAAAAACCAAAAAUCACCAUGGAAAACCCCGAGGUAAAUGGACAAAGUAUUCUCUGCAUGACGUAUCAGCUGAUGACAUGUCCGAUACUAGUAACACUCGAGCAGCAUUUUCAUUCCUACGAGAAUUAGAAGAUAGAAAACGAUCUGCUGCUAAAGAAGAACUCCCAGCUGAUUUUAAACCCGUUUUUGCAAAACCUCAAACGAAAGAGACAGAAGAAAAAAGUUGUGUGAGAAUGAAAGAAUUCAAUUUUGGUGAAAAGCCACAAAAAAUCCAGAAGAAGAAAGUUACUCCUACGAAUGAUGCUGCUGGUUCAGCGUCUAAUGUGAAAUUGAAUCACUUGCAGUUUGAAGAGGAAGACGAGUAGAAGUAUUCGAUUUGCAUUGUAAUUUUUAUAUUGUUUGCUUGUAAAUAAUCAACUCAGAAGGCUUCGAUUGUUUUUGUUUUACUUAUCUUGAGAUGUUUUUCAAAGUUUUCAUCAUAAGAUUAUGAUUUUGUAAAUAACUAGUUAUAAUAAUAAACAUUUACCAACUAGAA